GACGAUGAUAAUGGCGGCGAUACAUGGAGUCGUUUGGGUAUUAUACGCGCUACUAGUGCUCCCCUCCGUACAAGUUUCAGAUGCAGCGUGUGCCAACUCGUGCUCUGGUCACGGUCGAUGCGGCUCCUCUAAUCAAUGCACGUGUGACGCCGACUGGGCCUUGGCACCCGACUGUUCUAUGCGGAAAUGCCCCACUGGUGUGGCCUGGACGGAUAAGGCGAAGACGGCCAACGUGGCCCAUGCAAUGGCCGAGUGCUCUAAUCGCGGAGUGUGCGAUUACUCCAAGGGAGAAUGCACGUGCUUCAAUGGAUAUACAGGAGCUGCCUGUCAACGACUUCGUUGCCCAUCAGAUUGUUCAGGUCACGGAUUGUGCUACUCAUCAGCAACGUUAGCGCUGCAAUAUGGCCCGGACUCACUGCCCAGCGUUGCUGGAGACGGUGUCGGACCAGUGUACUCCAAUUGGGAGAAGAAUAGCAUGUCGAGUUGUAUGUGUGACAUGGGCUACACUGGACCAGACUGUUCUCAGAUUAUGUGCGCGAAGAACGAUGACCCGCUCACUACUGGCCAAGGAUUCCGAACCAUUCAGAUUCAAGUCGGCGCAGACGCAACCACUAAUCUUGCACUAGCAGGCUCGAUUCGAGUCCAUUUUCUUGGAGAUGUUGCAGUUUUCAGUGCCGUCGCAGUAGCAGAUGCAACUCAUGAACAGGCGUGCGCGCAAGCAUUUCAGAGUAUGCGCACUGUGUUGUCAGCUACUUGCAGCAUCACAAGUGUGGAUCCGGUGACUGCAGGGGCAACUUACACGGUGACUUUCAAGGAGUGGGUGCAUCUGGGAGGAGAAAACAAUUUGCUCUAUCACGAUGGAAACCCCCCUUUAUCAAGCUUCUCAUGUGAUCUGACCAAAGUGACAAGCCUUAACUCCCCUACUUGUGCUGUCAGUGAUGUCACGGCCACUAACGUUGUCGAGCACGUGUAUUGCUCCAACCGUGGUCUUUGUGACUUUACUACAGGUCAAUGUGUAUGUUACGCCGACUUUAAAGGCCUGGAUUGCAAUCAACCUUCUAACGUUCCAGACAGUAUCGAUGACAACGAUGGCUUUAUCAUCAAUCCUAUGGGACUCACGUACACGGGUACCGUGCUACAUCUGAAAACGGCGAAAGGUUCUCAAGCAGACUUCUACUUUAUGAAGAUUGGGUCUUCCACGCUACCGAUUUUAACCAUGGACGGUAUGGGCGAUACGAAGCUCCUGAAUGGAGAUUUCGAGCUGUCGACGGGCUCCUUGACGAUAACUACUGUCGCCCAGACUUCAACGGCCGCGGAUAUUGCGAACACGCACACUACAUUUACAGGGACAGCAUUGAAAGUCCGAACUACUAGAGCAUCGAAUACUGCUUUUAAGCUACUGGAAGCGAUGACUGGGGAUACAACCACCGUCGUCGAGAUUCGAGGGGACGGUCUGACCACCAUUUACACCGGCGGUUUGUACGUUGUGACGGGAGGAGGAACCAUCUCACACACUUUGAAUGGACCAAGUCUUACCGUCACCAAUUCGUAUGGUUCGUUUAGUAACUCACUUCUCAAGCUCAGUACCUCCCGAGCGAGUCUCUUUCCGACGGCAACUGAUUUCGUGUUGAUCGAGGCUACUGCGAACAGCGUCCCAGCGUUCACUGUUGAGGCCUCUGGAAGAACUACAAUUGCUAACGGAGGACUUAUCGUGAAUGGUUUAGGAGGAGCACAGAUUUCUAACUCGGAUCCCGCAGCUUCUGCGCUCGUUGUGAGCGCUACGGGAACAAGUUUUGCUGACGAUGCUGUCGCCAUUAAGACGUUUUCUGGUGUGGCUCAUAAUAUGAUGAAGGUCACGACAAAAGUCGGUAGCAAUACAGCUAUCGCCUUGUUUACUAUCAGCAACUCCGGACUUACAACUAUUACUCAAGGAGGGCUGUAUGUCAUGGCGGGAGGGGCUACAAUUGAUACUGGUGGACUGCAUGUAGGGUAUGGUGGCGCGACUAUCGACUACGGAGGCCUGCUCGUUAAGAAUGGAGGAGGAACUAUUGAGUUGGGGGGACUGAAUGUGAUUGAUGGCGGUGGUAAAAUUGCGUCGACUAUGGCUGUAUCAGACAUCCUCGCGAUCGAGGCUACGUCUGCUUCAUUCUCCAACAAUGCCAGGGUAUUAUACAUCAAUUCAAAAUCUGCGGUAGCUCCUUCCACUAGCAUGCAUUACCUCGUCGAAGCAACUGUAGGUGCAUCAGCCACUUCCGUCUUCACGCUGGACGCGACCGGAUUAACAACAAUUGCAGGCCAAGGGAGCGGUGGCGCCAGUAUCUCGGAUAACGCUGCCGCCACCGAUACGCUCAAAGUUUCCAGCAGAAUCUCCACAGGCUUCACGGGAACGCUGUUGUCCUUGAACGCAGUGUCCACCACCAAGCUGUACACGCUGAUCGACGCCAAGUCGAGUGGUACUUCGCGAUUUAAAGUCGCUGCAAGCGGGUUAACCACGAUUGUUGGCAGUGGCAGCGGCGGGUACACGCUGAUCGACGCCAAGUCGAGUGGUACUUCGCGAUUUAAAGUCGCUGCAAGCGGGUUAACCACGAUUGUUGGCAGUGGCAGCGGCGGCGCCAGUAUCUCCGACAGCGCCGCAGACUUGACCAGUACACUCUCCGUCUCCAAUACCGCUGCCUCAGGAUUCACAGGUUCGUUGCUGUAUAUGAGUGCGACGGCCUCCGACAAGCUCUACACGUUCAUCAACAGUGAAGCAAGUGGCACUUCCGUGUUCAAGGUGGAUGCGACCGGGUUGACCACGAUCGCGGGCCAAGGGAGCGGUGGCGCCAGUAUCUCGGAUAACGCUGCCGCCACCGAUACGCUCAAAUGUCCACCACCAAGCUGUACACGCUGA